AUGUUGCUUUGUUUACUAUCCAUUUUGACUACGCGGCCAGAAACUGUGGUGUUCGAUGCAGACUCGGAUUUGCUAAGCGAACCAGUUCUUUUGGAAGCAGUUUUUGGUCUGUUGUUGGCGUCCCCGCCUCGCUUGCAGAGGGCGCUUUGUCGGUCUUUGACUCAGGCAUGCCGUAGCGUGAACCAUGCAGCCGUCGCCCCCGGUGUUGUUGAAUUCCCGAAACUCACUACGCUUCGGCUCACUCUGCUGCCUUUCGCUGCCGUGUUGGCGACCCUGGAGGUCUGCGAGGCUGUCGAACUGCUCGGGUACCUCGGAUACCUCAAGGAGACUGGUCCGGUAUUGCUCAAACUUGCGGAAUGUAGUCUAAUGAAAGCUACCCAAGUGAACUGCGAAUCGGGAACUUUAUGCACAGAAUGUACAAAAGAAUUGACAGAAGACCACAAGAAAACUCCGGCCGGAGAUUGGAUCUUCGGCUUGCCAGAAAAGUGUGUGCACACGAUAUCAGAUAAGGAUUAUAUGUUGGGACGAACUAUCCGGGAGUUGAUGGCGAGUGGUUGUUUACCUAUACAGGCAUUGUUCUCGAAGUUGAAGACGGCUCCGUUUACGUUGAUGACUCUUUUAUUGGACUGUGUUGACUCGGACGGGUUGAAAAUUUGGACGUGGUUGGAAUCGAACGUGUUGUCCCGUGGUACGAUUCCGAGCAUCGCUAGUAACAGCCAGAAAGACACGUUUCUGGCUGCCUUUCUACGUCUGCUGGCGGCGUUGGUGUCAACGGGCUGUGUAGGCAAAGAGAGUUGUCGAUGGUUAUUGCAGGGGCCAUUGCGGGUGGCGGAAUUGUUAGAGGUGGAGAGGCCGCGCUCCUGCGGCUGUGACCAGUGCCAGGAGGGAGCCACCUGGUGCAGCGUCUCUUGGGACGCGUACAUGUCGCUGGCCUCCAUCAUCCGCGACUAUGUUAGCGAAGUCAUUCUGGCCGAAGCAGACGCCGCAGUCGCCGCCGACUGCGAUACCGACCCAACUUCGGGGUCAGGGGCUGGUCUUCAAACCCCAAACCCGGGCGCUGGUCCUCAGACCUCGGAGAACCGGCCGGAGUCUGGGGACGCUUUGAGUGCUCUGGUGUCCGAGAAGUUUUGCGAGUGUUUGACGCCUUAUUACAUUACGUGUUUCGCUCCACUUGCACCGUCCGUGUCGGGGUCGCGAUUGGAUGCAUUUGUGAGGCCACGGUUGGAGUUGUGCGGUUUGUUUGGAGUCUCGCCGUUGGUCGCGCGAUCGCACACACACGCAUUGACGUUGGCGAAUGCGGCGUUGCAUACGCCCUUUCUGCCCGAGGUGCUGGGCGCUUGGGAACAACCGACGGAGUUUGCGCCACUAUUUAUGCAACGGCUACUGCCUGCUGCUGCCUUGCACCGACCCGUCUUCACACGUCAGGUGGAUCUUGUCUUUUUCGACGUCCUUUCAAGCCACCGUUUGCGCACUGUCGACCGCCCCACAAGUACGGCAACCAGACACCCCAUGACUUCGCUCCUGCUACAGUACCUCAACCCACGCGGCCGCUUUGUCGCCGAGGACAUCCGAGUCCUCCUCGACGUACUCAACUGGACACCCGCCUCAAGUUCUGGUCCAGGUGUCGGCGGUUCGAAUCUCAACAAGUCCGCUCCUGGCGCUGGUUCCAGCUCUUCGGGGGUCGGUUUCGGCUCGCCGGAGAGCGCUGCAGCCGCGCUGUAUACACGUCGCAACAAAUUUAUUGUUUGUCUCAAAGCGCUGCUUGGCAACGCGCUGCCCCAGCUCGUGCCGCUGGACCUGGCCCUGGACGUACCCACAUUGGACGACCGGCCGGCGACCUGGGAAGUAUGUGUGGUUACUGGCAUUAUGGCACAGCAACACCUCCUUCUGCCCCUCUUCGCUCGCUACCUCGCCUCCUGCUCCCUCUCCACCCUGGUCACUGAACAGCAGACACUCCUUCGCUUCCUUGUCAACCGUACUUGCUCCUCCGCACCUGCAGCCACCACCUCCACCCCCGACGGGACCACCGGAGGAACCACCGGGGCCGCGGGUGGUGUGGUCGCAGAGAGGAUGGACCCGACCACGUCCGAACAGUCUUACUGCUUAUUACUUUACGCACUCGCAGGACUGGCACUGGCCGCUCCUGCGUUGCAGCCGGAUGUCGUGAAUGCACUGCUCGCACACCUGCGUCCUGCCGCACACUUUCCGAAGCGGGGUGUGCCCGAGCACACCCUCGUGUGGCUCCGCACACACGUUUAUCUCAGCCUCGCGCUCCUCCAGGAACGUACCGGCGUACCCAACCUCUGGGCGCGCGUACUCGAAGCCACCGAGGGCAACCCGGCAACCGCGCCACCUGAACGCGUCGCCAGAAACUUCCUAUUGGCGGCACUGAUCCGCUCGUGCGCCAUCGUCAAUCCCACUGAGGCUAGGACCUAUUUCGCACUCAUGACCCGCAAGUCCGUGCUCUCCCAAAUCCUCUGGCGCCGCUCCCAAGAACUACUGGACCCGUCUCCUUCGAAUUCGCGACCUGACUCACGUCCAGACUCCCGACCUAAUUCACGUCCGUAUUCUCGAACCGACUUGGCGACGAGAGGAGUCGAACCGGGGUCCAGAGGAAUUGAACAGGCCUCUGUAGACGUGGCCUCUGUAGACGUGGCCUCUGUAGACGUGGCCUCUGUAGACGUGGCCUCUGUAGACGUGGCAUCUGUAGACGUGGCCUCUGUAGACGUGGCCUCUAUAAAUCUGGAGCCUGUAGAGAGUUGGCGCUGGUUAUUGGGUUGCAUCCAACUACGGGAGGCGGCCAACCGGGGGGAAGCCUCGGCGUUGAUGCGUGUGCGGGACAGCGCCGUGAAGGCCGUUAACAGGGGCGACGGAAGUUUCGUGUCGGAGUUAGGACUGGCGAUUCUGUUGGGCAUACCCACUUGGUUGUCAAUGCCGGCUUCUUCACUUUCUGACCCACUCAACCACUUCGGGUGGCCCGUGAAGGCGUUGUACGACACGGUGGGGUUGGCGGUCUCUGCAUCGAACAAGACGCCAUUGGGCAAGGCACUGUUGUCGGUCAUUUCCGAAACGGCGGUGGCCCCCGGGAAGACGGCUACGACGGCCCCCGGGAAGACGGCUACGACGGCCCCCGGGAAGACGGCUACGACCAAGUCGGCUGUGGGCCCGAAUAUCGGGGACUUGCGGAAUCCGCAGACGUUGCUGAUUAUUGCGAGCAUGUUAGAGAGCCUGAACAGUGCAGAGCAAAGCGGGGGCCAAGGGACUGGUCUCAACCUAAAGUCGGUAUCGAGUUACAACGUUAUCGGAUGCCUGAUGCAGCGCCUGACGGUCUUGGCGCAGUUAUCGGUCUUAAAUACGCGACGGGAAGCUCACGAACUGUUCCUCAUUCUCAGCUUCCUGGGCCGCAUGGACGCUGUCCCUCUGACGGGGAACCUGCGGCUGGUCAUUGAGCAGAUUAUCAAAUUAGCGAUACGCUGGGACGACCCUCGCGGGUCGCGGCUGACGACAUUACGACCUGAUGGGCUAACGGCGGAUCGGAGUGACGCACACGACUCCGGCUGGUAUGCCUACAGCGAUCCACAGGCUUGGCUGCCUAUCUCGUCAGGCACGAUUCUGUCCGCAGUGUUUUCUGUGUGCUCAAACGCCGGAUUACGCGACAUGGCAGUCGCCAACGUCAUGAUGAACAUCGCCAAAUCUGCUUGGUGGCCGCAAAUGUCGCUAGAGGGCCAGCUGGGGUAUGUCUCCAAGACGCUCUUGCCCAGCGCCGUGUUAUUCGACAAUCAACAGUUUACCGACCUUGUAAUCUUCCUCAUCCGCCACUUUGAUGGUUUAUCAACUACCAGCGACAACACUAAAAUAGCCAAUGAAGCGGCGGCCAAUGAAGCGGCGGCCAAUGAAGCGGCGGCCAGUGAAGCGGCGGCCAAUGAAGCGGCGGCCGGAGCCAUGCGAGAUGGCGAUUGGGGACUGGUGUUUCUAUUGCGUGCACUAACCGAGGUAGUCUGGCUUGCAAGUUGCACCGGAUUAUAUGAUGACAAGGAGACGGUUCAGCUGGCCCAGCUCUCGGCUGCGUAUAACCUAGUCCCUGCGGCAUGGCGACCGGGUUUGAGUCGGGUAUGGGUAACUUUGCGAGGAGAAGGAAAUAUCCCUUGUGGAGUCCGUGAAGUGAACCGUCUGGCAUGUGUAUGUUUAGCACAAUUAUCGCACUUGAGUGCAGAAUUGCCCAAACGUGUUUUCGACAGUUAUAGGCCGAUUGCAGUGCGCAUUGCGUAUGCUUUAUUUGUCGAAGGUUGUUACAAGGUUGACCAGACAUUGGAACGGAAGAAUCUCACGACGAAGGUUGAGUAUUUGACGCCCAGAUACAGAGUUGAUCCGGCUUCAAAUUUGAUGCAGUGUCCGAUAACCAACUUGCAUGCAGGCGGAGAUCCUGCCCGCGGUGAGACAACUGUUCGUUCCGGGACUACGAGACUUGGAGGGGAGCUGGAUAGGACUAGGAAAUGGUUGGUGUCCAAGGAGUGGCCAUACGAAGACCGUUGGGACCGAACUUCUACAGUUAAGUUUAGCUCAAAGGAGUGGUUACAAAUUUCCUGCGAGUAUAUCGACUCCCUUGCUUGCCUUCCGCGUUCCGUGCGUCAGAAUGCACUGAAGGCGACCCUGAUCGGGAAAAUUGCGAGUCAUCCUCGAUGCAGCGAGAUCAUGAUCAAGGCGAUGUGGGUGGUCACGUACAAACCGUCAUUGUGGAAGCUGCUGAGGAACCGACACUCUACCGUUUUCUUCUCAGCUCGGAUACCGUCACUGUACCGCAUGCCUCCCACUCCCGUCCCCACAUUGCAACGUUGGGGCUGCUGCAAGGCCUCCGUCGUGAUUUCCCUCAUUCUCCGCACCCGCCAGACCUCCUUCGUAGACAUGUCGCCCCAAACCUCCUCCGUGGACAUGUUGCCCCAGGCGUCCUUCGUAGACCUACACACGGGCUACGUCAAGGACCUCUUCGAGGCCGAAUGGCCCCUCAAGUCAAUCCGCACACUCGCGCGUGCAUCAGCUCUAAAAACCACCAUCGACCUCGACCCCGACGACCACUACUGCCCCAACCAUGCAGAUGUUGACCGACGCAAUCGACUCGCAGGAUGGCUUCGCAAACGUAUACGCUCCUAUGACACCACACACUUGUUUCCAAUCCAACUUUACCAAAGUCACGAACAACUCAUUCAAGAAAUAACGCAACCAGUAAGAUGUCACCACUUGGGUUAG